CUUGGGAAAUUUCAAAUCGUGGAAUUGGCCGUUAUGUCGAACCAUCCACGGCUCAUUCAUGCCACUUGGACUUUACAAGGAUAUUUUAUAUGUUCUUUCAACGACAAAACAAUAUUUGUGAUACAUCCAACUGGAAAACGUUAUUGGAUAAAGCAAUCGAGAAACAGAAACUCAUCCAGUGAAUGGCUUGGAAGCAUUUUCUGUCCACCACGUCAUUGGAAACCUUACAUCCAACAAGCCGUACCUUUGCGAAAUCAUUGGACUCAAUACCCUAUAUGGUUCAAUACGCAGUUGGGUAACUACGAGAUUUUUCAAUGGCAAGAAAUGAUAAAGAAGAUAUCAUGGCCUGGUAAUCUCCAACUGAAUGACUAUCUAUCGGUGAAUCUGACUCCAUUGGCUACUAUCCUCUAUUCUCUGGACAGAGAUGCUGCUUUGAUUCUUUUUCGACACCAACAGUUGGUGCAAAUGUGUAUAUCUCCUAGGAAACUACAAAAUAGAGAAAUUUCAGAUGAUUUAGAACGGUGGGUUCAUCAACAUGUAUAUCGCCUACCAUCCUCCACUACUAACUUGGAGAGAGAGGAUAAUAAUAUGAUUGUACAAACUUUUCCAAUCUCUCAGUGCCCAUUCAUUUUUCGAGAAGCCUUAUCCCUAGUUCUCAAUCACUUUGGUCACAUGUUGGAUGAGACAAUAAUUCAACAAGAGCCUUUUUAUGAGCAUACUUAUGAACUCAUUCCAUUGGAUCAUGUCGUGCAGCAUACAACAGAGGGGGAAACCUGUUAUCAAUUAGACCAACGAAUCAUUCCACUUGUACAAUUCGAUAAAGAUGCUUUCUUCUGGUACGUCAUUCAGCAAGACUCGGUGAUAGCUUGGAAGGAUGUAAGAUUGGAUGCGUUACUACAACUCAACAAUAGUGGUAGAAUUGUAGAAUACUUUUCUUUAGAUAAUGGACAAGAACAUCAUCUCAUUUUCAGUAUUCGUGGAAUACCUCCCCAAUUUCAUCAUUCAUGGAAAGCUAUCAUUCAAACAUCCAUGCGAUGGAGAAACCAAGUCAAAAAACUUUGGAGCCAACCGUUGAUCCGUUAUUCUUCUCCUCGUAGGAAGAUUCAAAAAACUAGACAAGAAUGGUUAAGUUUGGACUCUUGGGGUGAUUUCAAGUUGGACACAAGAGGUUAUCUUUCUUGUCAUUUUCGAGACGGUACUUUUAUUUUGUUCCAUCCCAACCACCAACAUGCCCUUUUAAUAACUCUUCAAGGCAAUGAAUACCGUAUCCAUUGGAAACACACCCUAUUAUUUCGCCAUUAUUUUGUACAAAUUCAUCAAGUAUAUCGAUAUUUAUUAUUAUCACCUUUCCAAAGAAGAGAAAUACAAACUCACAAGGAAAUCCAACAACAUAGGAUUGCCAUGCAACUACGAAGCAUUCAACGGAAUCGUCAAAUUCUACAAUUCAGCCCGCCAUUGCUGAUCACCUCUUCUUAGAUGACUUUUGUAUCGUGGACUUGGGAAAAAGGAAAAAGUUGUCAUUUUUGUUUUCAUCGAAUAAAGAAUACCCAAUAUCGCAUUACAAG